AUGAGGCAUGGGGCUGCAGAUCCGGGAAGCAGGGGCGGCAAUAAGGAGGCAAGACUGGAGUUGACCGUUGGAGGGCUGAGGGCUGCAGCAGGUGAAAGUUGGAGGACGGGGACCUUGUUGGGCAGUAAAUGCAUCCGUUCGUCCAUACAGAGCACGGCGGGUACCCGCAGCUCGGCUUGCUCGUGUUCACGGUGCGUGCCACCGCACCUGCAGGCCGCCAACCUCGUAAGGCGAGCGGGCGCCAGCACCGGCGGGACCGCUAGCCUCUGGGGCGAUAUGCCGAAGCGGAGGUGGCUGUUUGGACAGCGGCGAGGCAAGGAAACCACUGUACGGAGACGGCCGGAAGAGGGAGGCGCCGAAACGGGUUGCCGCUGGGAAAUUGCGCGUUCCGGCGUGGGCAGGCGAUCUGCUACUGUUCCGGCUCGUGCUGCGUGUUUUUGCCCCAACGGCUGCUCGCGCCCGUCGACUGCAUCGAUGGCCUGGCAUCUUGUCAGUUACGUUCCUGGCUUUGUCCGCCCUCGCACGGAAAGCAAGAGUUCCCCCGAACAGAUAGGGCUAUUCGGGGGCGGGCGGACAAACAGGGGUUUCCCCGGCGCCGUCGAGAGUCAAGCUUUCUGGACCGAUGACGGGGCCAGCAGCAAGGCAUCACUGGCGGGCGCCUCCCUGCGGUUGAGCACGUUUAGCAGGCGGCAGACACGAGUGCUCCGUUCCAGAACCAGCCUUGUCGCUUUUGGAACCGGCAUCUUUCGCCCAGGGGGUGGCUCGGGGCCCACCGCGCCCGGCGUGGUUCGUUAAGCCAAAAAAAAAAAAAAAAGCCAUGGAUAGCCGGACCAAAAGGACAGGAGGGCUUUUGGCACGGUUGCCGGAGAUGGACCUAAAAACCGGCAACAGGU